CGCCAGCGGCAGGAAGGGGGCAAGAGACGGGGAAGGCCGGAUGGGAGGAGUCGCUGUCAGCGCCAUUGAUUCAAGCGCGCCGCAGCUCCGGGUCCUGGAGCCCUCCCGCUGCAGGGCGGUCUCGGUAGAGGGGCAGUUUCGAGGCGCUUCUUGGGGAGUCUCUUCUAAUGCGAUGAUCCAGCAGUCACAGAAUGAAUUUGACAGUAGUGUGGAGAAAGCAGUAGAUUGGAUGAAGACCAUCCAGGAGAGACUGCGGAUCAAUGACAAUACUAAGGGGCCUCGGUCUGCCUUGGAGGCCAGACUCCUGGACACAGAGAAAAUUUGUGCAUUGGAACCUGAAGGCCGAUUGAAAAUGGAUUUGGUCCUAAUGAAGGCUGAUGCUCUGCUUCAGUGUAUUAGUGAGGAACAAAAGCAUGAAAUAUUAUCCAGGCUAAAGGAUGUUAAAGCCAUGUGGGAAGAAACAGCUAUAUACAUUACUCAUUGUCACAGCCGCAUUGAGUGGGUGUGGCUGCAUUGGAGUGAAUACUUGAAAGCCCAGGAUGAAUUUUACACCUGGCUUCACAAUAUGAAGGUGACCUUGGAACCCGACAUAGAGUUGCAGCUUGGCUUAAAGGAGAAGCAGUGGCAGCUUAGCCAUGCUCAGGUCCUACUGAAAGAUGUUCAGAAUCAGUCAACUUUGCUGCAACGGCUACUGGAGGAAGCCAUGUCUCUGUAUAAUCGGAUCGGAGAUGCAAGUGUUGAUGAAGAUGCCCAGAAAAAGAUGAAGGAGGAAUAUGAAGAAAUCAGGAAUGAAGCAGAGAGAAGAGUGGUGUUACUUGAAAAGAUAACAAGAGAACACGAGCGAUAUAAGAAUAAUGUUGACCAGUUUCAACUAUGGCUGACCCAGCUAACAGAAAGAUUAAACUGCUGCCUUAAUCAAGAAUCAGAACUGCCAGCAGAAAAUAGAAUUAAAACAUUACAGGACAUUGCAAAAGAUGUAAGGAGUGGAGACAGGAAAUUGAAACAUCUGGAAGCACAGUCUAUAGAUGUUAUGCAAAACACUUCCCCCCUGGGAGCAGAAAAGAUGAAGGCUGAGCUCGAGGAGCUGAAAAAAAUCUUGGAAAAGCUGAAGCUGGUGAGUGUGGAGGAAGAGGACAAACUGCUGAAGAACCUUCAGUCUGAAAACACCUACCACACCCAGGCCAGGCUGCUAGAAGCCGAGGUUCAAGAAUUCCGGAAAAGCCUGCAAAGACUAGGAAACAACUUGGAAAAGGAUGAUACCAUGAGAAGUGACGAGGACUUAAUCUCUCUGUGGAGACAGUACAUGGCAAGAAAGGCAACGCUUACAGCAGAAGAAUCAAAGGUUGAGAGACUGAAGAUUCAACUGAAGGAGUUGUUCAAGUUUUCACAAGACCUGCAGCCUCUUUCUGAGAGUGUGAUCCAUGCUAUACGAGAAUAUCAAAGUCUGAAGGGGAAGAUGUUUAAAAUGAGCACAGAGACUGAAACAGAGCUGAGGCAGCGCUUCCAAAACCCCCUGAGGGAGUUUCAGCUGUGGAAACCAUCAGCUCAGCGGCUCCUGGACACCACAGCCCAUGUUUCUGAUCCUGCCUUGACAGAUGCGUUCCUGCAUCAGAUUGAGAUCUUUCUGGCUGAAAGCUCCCACAUUAAGGAACAGCUCCUGAAAGUCCAGCUGAAAAAAGAUUUCCUGAGUAAUAUUUUCAAAGAGGAGAGAGCAAAGUUACUCUUGGUGGAGGUUAGUGAUGCUACAAAGGAAUUAGAAAACCUGCACAAAGGGCUACUCCAGAGGAAAAGCAGGUUACAGGCUUUGGUAUCACAGCAUAAAGACUUUGAUGCAUCCUCCAAGUUUCUGCAAAUGAAAUUGUCUGCUCUCAGAUCCAAGCUAAAUGCAGAAAGAGAACCGCUGCCUGAUCUGAUGGGAAAAGAAGCCCGGCUGCAAAGGCUAGAGAGCAUCCAAGGAGGCCUGGACGAAUGUGCAGUCCAAAUGGAAGAAAUAGAGAAACUUGUUCAGUCAGACCCAGCACAGAGGCAUAAAAUAAAACAGUGUUCUUCUGACUAUCAAAUACUUAAGAGAUCAUUGGAGAUCAUGAUUGCACAAAGUAAGGAACACAUUCAGAAACAUUGGGCUUUUCAUGACAAAUUAUCAGAUCUCCAACAGUGGCUUAUAGUGACCAAACAGAAACUGGAAUUUUACCGCGAUGCCAAAACUCACAAUGCAGUUCUGGACUUGGAGAGAUUGCAAACUGAGUUUCCAGGUAGAGAGAUCCAGUUACAUCUCAUUGAAGCCCAGGGGCAUUUGGUUGUAAAAGACACUUCUUCAGACGGAGCUGUGAAUAUCCAGGAGGAAGUGAAGAAGCUGAAGGACUCAUUCAAGUUUCUUGAAAACCUGAUGUCAAGGACAGCAGUUGAUGUGGGUAAGAAGAUAACUGGUUUAGACAACAUGCAAGUCAAAGAGGUACUUGCUUAUUCUAUGAAUGAUUCCAGCCACUCAUGGAGGAAAGUGGCUAAGGGGGAAGAUACUAAUGAGCUCCAACUUAUUAAGAACUUUGAACAAUGGUUGCAAAGAGAAAACAACAAGCUAUCUAAAAUUCUUGCCAUGAAUCCAUCCAGCAAUGAAGAAGUCAAAGCAAGAUAUAGCAAGCUAAAGGAACUUCAGCUUAGGGUUCCUGAAGGUCAGUAUCAUUUUGAAGAACUUCUGCAUCUUCAACCAGCUGGCCGGAACUGGGAUGAACUAGAGGAGAUGCGCUACCGAUGGAUGCUCUACAAGUCUAAACUGAAUGACUCUAACAACUCAUCGAUGACAAGCUCUUUCAAAGAACCAAGCCCAUUCAGAAAGGAUCAACCAGCAGGCGCAUGUUCCUUCCUACGUCGUGUGUGCUGUGCGGCUUUACCCCUCCAGCUGCUGCUGUUGCUUCUGCUGCUCCUUGCCUUUCUGCUCCCUCUAGUGGAGGAGACACAUAGCUGCAAGCUCACCAACAACUUUGCACACUCCUUCAACUUAAUGCUGAGAUACGAUCGUCCACCGCCAACUUAAGUUCUCCAUCCCUGUGAUGCAGCUAAGGUGAUGGAUUGCAUUUUCCCAGUGGAUUUCCCCUGCAGAUCUUUAUCUUGUGUAAGUCCUUCCAGAAUCAUGGCCACUGCUAAGGGGCCCAUUUAAACUGGAAAUUUGGUUAAAUGACUGCCAUUAUCCAAUGUAUGCUCAGGCUAGAGAAAUGAAGUAUUCUUAUUUAGAGCUAAAAUACAUUUUUAAAAUAUAUGACUAUAUUUAUAUUGUAUAUAUGAUUUUUUUAUAUAUGUAUGUACAUCAAAAAUGUCCUAAAAUUAGUGUUUUCAACCAAUCCUGCUCUUCGUUUGACUAUGUCUUUGUUGAAAAAUAGUCUGUUAAGCACAAAAAUGAAAAGAAUGAUAUAAGAUGGUGUGAAAAUUGACUUACAACCCCAAAGUAGCAGCAGCCAUGUGCCAUUCUCCUUCCUGUGUUUGUACACAGAUCAUUAUGACACUUA